AUGUUUCUGAAUUGUGGGUCAGAACAGUUUCAGAAUUUUUUCUGGGAAAAUUCAAUGGAUCAAAAUGAUCCAUUUGAGUCUGCAUUGAGCUCAAUGGUUUCUUCUCCUGUUGCUUCGAAUGCUCCUGCCUCUGGCAAAAAUGGUGGAGAGAAUAUUGUGAUAAGAGAACUGAUUGGUAGACUAGGAAGCAUAUGCAAUUCAGGGGAAAUUUCCCCUCAGCCUGGAAAUAGAAGUACUAAUACUUCAUGCUAUAGUACCCCACUGAAUUCUCCUCCAAAGGUUAAUCUGUCAAUGAUGGAUAAUCAAAUCCGGGGGAAUUUUCAAAUCCCUGGAAAUCACUUUCCAAGCUUUGCACCAUUUUCGACUGACCCCGGAUUCGCGGAAAGGGCUGCAAGAUUUUCUUGUUUUGCGAAAGUUGGGUUGAAUAAUGAUUCUGAAUUGCCUCAUAGAUUGGUGCCUAAACUGGACUCUGGCAAUCUCUCGAGAGUUUCGAGUAAUCAGUCCUUCAAAAUUUCUGGAUCUCCCCAAAUGGGGAUUCAAGAAAACAAGAAUGCUCCGCUUCAGGAAGGAAUUUCAGCCUCUGAUAGAAGAUUUGGCAGGUUUUCGAAAUCUUCAACCCCUGAAAAAACAGAACUUGGGGAUUCCAGGGAGAAUUCUUCAGUUUCUGAGCAGAUCCCAGUUGGGGGAAAUGGCAUCAAAGCACAAAAUAUUUCAAAUUCAAGAAAGAGGAAAUCAGUUCCAAGGGGAAAGGCUAAAGAAAUCCCUGCCAAAGAUACCAAUGUUGCAUCAGAAAACAGCGAAUCAAGUUCAAAAAGAAGCAAGUCAGAUGAUGAAGGUUCUAUUGAAAAGGGUAUUGCAAAAAAUUCAGAUGUAAAUGAAUUUGAUAAAGCCAUUGGAGAUGGAAAUCAGAAACAAUCAAAGGAAAAUGCAAAGCCUCCAGAGCCUCCAAAGGACUAUAUUCAUGUUAGGGCUAGAAGGGGACAGGCUACAGAUGCCCAUAGUCUUGCAGAAAGAGUUCGACGAGAGAAAAUUAGUGAAAGGAUGAAGGUCCUACAAGAUCUCGUCCCUGGUUGCAAUAAGGUGACUGGAAAGGCUGUAAUGCUUGAUGAGAUCAUAAACUACGUCCAGUCUUUACAACGACAAGUUGAGUUCCUUUCGAUGAAAUUGGCUACUAUUAAUCCGAGGAUGGAGUUCAACGUGGAAGCUCUAAUGUCCAAGGAUAUGUUUGGUUCCCGUGGAUCUUUGCUUCAUAACUUAUAUACAUCAGAUGCAUAUCCUUUCCAAUCUCAACCAGGACAAAACUUGCAUAAUGUCAUUCCUAAUGGAACAGAAAUGCCCUUCCAAAAUACUCCUAUUAGUCGAAAUCAAAGCUUUCAAAUGCCUCCUCUGAACAAUGCCAGUGAACCUGUUUCUCAGGUUUCAACGUUCUGGGAGGAUGAUCUCCAUAGCCUUGUUCAGAUGGGAUUUGGCCAAAAUGAGACACAAAGUUUUCACGGGAUUCUCCCCACAGCUCAAAUGAAAGUUGAGCAAUGA